CAUAGAAUUCAUAGAAAAUCGCUCUGCUCUGGUGGUGAAACUGUGAAGCUCAGGGAGUUCUUUUACUUCCGGUUGUUUGCAAGUGAAACAUUGAAAAAUGACCAAGAAGAGGCGCAACGGAGGACGCUGCAAGCACAAUCGUGGCCACGUGAAGCCGGUGCGGUGCACCAACUGUGCCCGAUGUGUGCCCAAGGACAAGGCGAUUAAGAAGUUCGUGAUCCGGAACAUUGUGGAGGCCGCCGCCGUGAGGGACAUCAGCGAGGCGUCCGUGUACACCAGCUACAUGCUGCCGAAGCUGUACGCCAAGCUGCACUACUGCGUCUCGUGCGCCAUCCACAGCAAGGUCGUGCGCAACAGAUCCAAGGAGGCCCGGCGCAUCCGCACACCUCCUCAGCGAUCCUUCCCACGCGGCGACAACGCCAGGCCACAGAACCAGAACCGCAAGUGAAGAGCUGUGCGGGGGAUUCUGUGAAGAUAUCCGCAAGAGAGGAAUAAAAGGCAAGACGAA